AUGGUGAACCGUGGUAAUUUUAUCUCGUCUUUUAGUUUGUUUCUGUUUUUUUCUCUUGUGUUACAUUUGCAUUUCGAAACUACAAUGGCUGCGCGAAAGUCAGUUAAAGUGUUUGGUCCGCCUAUUCCUCAUGGGUGGUCACCACCAUCACCCCCAAAAGAUGACUCUGUAUGGUUCAAGAUCAACCUAUACAAGAACAUAGAACAAACUGCAUUUCGACCCACUGGUCAAGGUCCAAGCCAAGGUAUCGGACACAAAGACCCACCAGUCCAUCACAUCACAAAAGCAAUGGCUCAACUUCACUUCACCACCUUAAUAUUUUAUUGCAUAUUCAUAAUCUCAUCCUCAACCCUCAUCCCACCACCUCACCCCUUUGAUCCCUUGACUGCGACCGAAAUCAAACUCGUCCGUAACAUCAUCAACAAAACGUACCCCGUUGGUCCAAAACAUAGGUUCACUUUUCACUACGUGGGUCUCAACGAGCCCGACAAGUCUCUAGUCUUGUCGUGGCAUUCAUCGCUGGACCACAACAUCAAACCACCUCCACGUCAGGCGUUCGUCAUCGCUCGAGAUAACGGAAAGACCCGAGAGAUCGUCGUUGACUUUUCCUCUCGAGCCAUAGUCUCGGACAAAAUAUAUGAAGGCAAUGGUUACCCUAUGCUCACUAUCGACGAACAGCAAGCAGCCAGUGCGCUCGUUCUCAAGUUCAAGCCGUUCCGUGAAGCGAUCGCGAGACGCGGCUUCAAUGUGUCGGAGGUUGUGGUUACGUCCGCAACAAUAGGAUGGUUCGGUGAGACGGAGACGGAGAGGGUUAUAAGCAUGAGACCGUUUUAUCUGAACGGGUCAGUGAACACGUAUCUUAGACCUAUUGAAGGAAUAACGAUAAUAUUUAAUCUUGACAAGAUGAAAGUAACGGAGUUUAAGGAUAGGUUCAUAAGUCCUAUGCCUGAGGCUAACCAAACGGAGUAUCGUAUCUCGAAGCUAAAACCACCGUUUGGCCCACCGCUUCAAAACGCCGCCAUUUUUCAGCCGGACGGACCUGGGUUCAGGAUUGAUGGACACAACGUCAGAUGGUCAAAUUGGAAAUUUCAUUUGUCAUUCGACGUUCGAGCCGGUCUCGUUAUCUCUCUCACAUCCAUUUUUGACAUGGAUACUAACAAAUACCGACAAGUCCUAUACAAAGGCCAUAUAUCGGAAAUAUUCGUACCUUACAUGGACCCAAGUGAAGAGUGGUACUCCAACACUUUUUUCGAUUGUGGUGAAUUUGGAUGCGGACAACGCGCCGUAUCUCUUGCGCCGUACACUGAUUGUCCCGGGAAUGCUGCUUUCAUGGAUGGCGUCUUUGCGAGCCAGGACGGAACUCCAAUCAAAAUCUCAAAUGUUAUGUGCAUCUUCGAGAAAUACGCCGGAGACAUUAUGUGGCGGCAUACCGAAGCUGAGAUUCCCGGCUUAGAAAUUACUGAGGUUAGACCGGAAGUAAGUCUUGUAGCCCGGAUGGUUACGACCGUGGGGAACUACGACUACAUAGUUGAUUACGAGUUCAAACCUAGUGGUUCCAUCAAAAUGAGGGUCGGCUUAACCGGUGUUUUAGAAGUUAAACCGGUGGAAUAUAAUCACACAUCAGAGAUCAUAGAAGACGAUAUCCACGGGACAAUCGUCGCGGACAACACCGUUGGAGUCAACCACGACCAUUUCGUGACAUACCGUCUUGAUCUUGACAUCGACGGUACGAACAAUUCCUUUGUCCGUACCAAACUUGUGACCAAGAGGACUCCUGAGUCUGUUAAUACACCAAGAAAAAGUUAUUGGACAACGAAGCUAAAGACCGCGAAAACCGAGGCACAGGCUCGGGUGAAAAUAGGGUUGCGGGCAGAGGAGCUGGUGGUGGUAAAUCCAAACCGGAGAACGAAACAUGGCAACGAGGUUGGAUACCGUAUACUUCCUGGGCCGCCUUCAGGCCCACUUUUGACCCAAGAUGAUUAUCCGCAGAUUCGGGCAGCAUUCACCAACUAUAAUGUGUGGAUCACGCCAUAUAAUAGGUCGGAGGUUUGGGCUAGCGGUUUAUACGUUGAUCGGAGCCGUGGCGACGAUACGUUAGCCGUAUGGUCCCAAAGGAAUAGAGAAAUAGAGAAGAAAGAUAUUGUGAUGUGGUAUACGGUCGGAUUCCACCACGUCCCAUGCCAAGAAGAUUAUCCGACGAUGCCUACCAUGUCCGUUGAAUUUGAACUCCGACCGACCAACUUUUUCGAACGAAAUCCUGUCCUCAAGACCAAACCCAUUAAGCUCACCACAGCUCGAGAAUGCACUCCUGUCGACGAUAAAUAACUGACAUUAUAUACUCAUAUCAUGUUAUAUGUUUUUGAACUACUUGAUUAUGAACUGUGACAGUUGGAGAAAUAAUCAAAUUAAUUGGUCUUAAAUUAUAUAUAAUCAUAUUUAUUGAUGACUAAUCACUUAUAUAAUUUAGCUUUUGAUACAUACAAAUAG